AUGCGCGUAAGAGGCAGCGCGCCUCCCAAGCACAUCCCAUAUUUCCCACCGCCGCCCCCCAACCGAAAACGCAAGGCGUCUUCAUCCAUCCACGUCCCAGGCUCGCAUACAAGUUCAUCCUCUGUCUCGUUCAGACAUGGCGUGAAAGAUGGUCCUAGUACCCCACAGCACCAUUCACCGCAUGCCAGCGACUCGACUACUGUAUCGAGCUCUGGGGAGGGUGAUGACGAGGCGGACGGAGAAUCGGAAAAUACUCGUCUGGCCCAUUUUCCGAGCAGCAGAAAGCACGUUUGUACACUCUGCGACAAACGAUUCAAUCGCCCUAGUAGCCUGAACAUACAUGUCAAUUCGCAUACAGGUGCGAAACCAUUCCCAUGUCCGUUCCCGGCCUGUGGACGGGCUUUUAACGUCAAUUCCAAUAUGAGGAGGCACUACAGAGGUCACCUGGAUACCAAUAAAGGGGGAUCAUCCCAGUCGAGGUUUUGA